GGGCUCUUGGUGUGAUCUCCACCAAUCAGAAGCGGGAGUGUGAAAUGCAUUUUGGGUAUAUUACGCUGGCAGUUGCUAGCCGUUUUUUCGUGAACUAGCAGCAGUGCACCUGUAGCGUCUGCCAGAGGACAGCAGGUCAAACAGGUGGUGGGCGGGAUGGGUGUUGUCUCUCACAACGGUCUGCGCUCUGCUGAGGCAGCGAGAUGAGUAAAUGUCUUUGAGGGAGCAGCCCACGAUCUUCUGCGCUGUCUUAACUACUCUCUGGAGCUUCUCCCGGUCUGCCUCGGUGCAGAGCGAGAACCACACCGAGGAGCAGUAGGUCAGGAUGCAGCACAGACUACCCUUUCUAACCAGAACCAUUUGUCCUCCACCUCCUAAUCCACCACCUAAUAUGCUGACACGUCACAUGUCUGCUUUCCUUGGAAUGAAGCUCACGGUAAAGAUUAGUUAGCAGCACACGAUGGAUUCCUCUGAAGCGCAGGCUUUAAGAAAAGAAGACAACACGGCAAGUACAUCAAAUACAUCAGCUCAAGGAGAAGAUGGACCGAAGCCAAAGAAGGCAAAGACGGAGAAAAAGGUGAAAAAGGUUAAAAAGAAAGGCAGAGUCUUCCGGGCUGCCAAGCUCGGCUACACCGUCCAUCAAGGGGAAGAUAUGCUUUUUGUCAUAUCAAGUUCUUCUUCCCAGUUUAAUGGUCUCCCUUGGAGUCCCCCAAAGAAGAAAAUCAAAAAGAAGAAGCGCACUAAAGGAAAAGUGAAAACUGUCCAGAUUAAGAAGAAAAAGAAAGUCCGUGCUAAACCUAAACCGGCGGAUAAUCCAGUUCCCAGUUUCCAGGAAAAAGAGGAGACUAAUCUGUUUGUGCCACAGAAAACAGCUGACCACAGAUGGGGCGAAAGUCUCCCUGAAGAGGUGCUAAUCAACAUUUUUCAGAUGGUGGUUGGCCAAGAUGGUGCUGUACCAUUUCUAUGCAGGGUGGGCAGUGUGUGUCGUCUCUGGAACGCUGCUGCCUCCAGUCCGGCCCUGUGGCGUAAGGUGACUAUAGGUCACUGCUGGGUCGCACCGGGGAAAAACCAGGAACCAAAAACUGAGAAGAAGAUUAAGGACACUUUAAACUGGCUGGCACAGAACAGAUUCUCUCAGCUACGAGACUUCUCUCUGUACCACUGGAAAAAGAAUGUUAACUAUGCAGUUAAGGUCGUGUCGGAGUUCUGCCCUCACCUUCGCUCCCUCACGCUCUCCAACUGCACAGGCCUGACAGCGUGUGCUUUCCACAGCCUUGCUCUGCACAGCCGAGCUCUGCAGAGCAUAAAUCUCCAGUAUUCAGAGUUUCAGGUUGAGGGACCCCUAAAGUACCUUGAAGAUCACGGGAGCCAGAUCAAGCAAAUUUGGUUCACUCAUGGAGUUAAGAAUGACAGACUUUUAGCCACCCUCUCAAAGGGAUGCUGUCCUGAUUUGGAGUUGUUGGAGAUCAACACCAAGCUCGACAGUACAUAUUGUGAACUUCCUGUUUGCAUCCAGGCACUGCAGAUGGCAUGUCCGAAACUCAAGACCUUCCGGAUGCUAAAUGUCAGACCUCUUCAAAAGACAAUGCGUAACGUUGCCAAGUCAACAUCAGGCUUCCCGUUACUAGAGGAGCUCUGUAUCGCAACCACGUCGUACUCCUACUUGACAGACAAAGAUCUGUGGGACAUCCUCUUUGGAUCCACCAGACUGCGAGUGCUGGACCUGCGAGGCUCUUCGCGAGUCACACCGGCUGGUCUCGAAGCACUACCCUGCCUCGAACUUGAGUGUCUGUUCUUGGGACACUAUUUCAGCAGCAGUAGUGCGUUGUCGGCACCCAAGGGGCUUCACAUGCUGACCCAGAAAUGGAGUCAAACACUACAGCAGCUUGACAUUGCAAAUCAGCUCUUCUCUGAGGAUGACUUGGAGAUGGCUAUGAGUCACCUUGCUCAGGCAACCGAGGCAGAUACCCUGCGUUCACUCAACCUGAGUGGGACCAGGAUCACACCACCCGCCCUCAGGCCAGUCAUUGGUCAAAUGACUGCUCUUAACUACCUCAAUCUUUCAUCCUGCCGUUAUCUUCCAAGAGGAGUGAAGAGAAUUUACCGUGGCCAAGAAGACAUUCGCCAACUGCUGGACAAAUUGGUUUAGUCCUCAUAUUCUGAGCAAAUAACUGAGUUCACAAGACAUAUAUCAAUGUCUUAAAUGUGCCUCUUUGUUCCUUAUGUUGA